ACUCGGGCAUCCGUCCACCCGUCCAUCCUCCGCAUCGGAUUUCGGCCGACCGACAGAUCUGCCUCUGCGCACACUCGCCGCCGCCGCCGCCGCUGCCGUCGCACCCCCAAGGACCACCUGCAACGCCGCCAUGAGUGCCCAAAAGGACUGGAUUGAUAUCAAGGAGGGCGAGGGCUAUCCCCUCCAGCAGUUUGUCCUGCCUUCGCACUACAAGGAGGAUCUGGAGAGCGUCAUGAUUCCCUAUGGCCUCAUCCGGGAUCGUGUCGGAAAGCUGGCGCACGAUAUUGCCCAGAACUCCACCAAGCCUUUGGUUGCUUGCUGCGUCCUCAAGGGCGCCCAUGUCUUCUUUGCCCAUCUGAUGGAGGACCUCAAGAAGCUGCGCCGUCCCAAUGGCGAGUCGAUUCCUUUGAGCUUCGAGUUCAUCAAAGUCAAGAGCUACAUCAAUGAGCAGUCAACGGGCGACGUCAAGAUCUCUCUCUCCGAGGAGGAUAUGCAGGGCUUCAAGGGAAAGGAUUUGUUGAUUGUCGAGGACAUCAUUGACACUGGCAACACCAUGGUUGCCCUCAUCAAGAAGCUGAAAAACUACGAGCCGGCCAGCAUCCGGGUUGUCAGUCUGCUUCUCAAGAAAACCCCGCAUAGCAACGGCUACAUUCCCGACUAUGUUGGCUUCUCGAUCCCGGAUCUCUUCGUUGUCGGAUACGCUCUGGAUUACAACGAGAACUUCCGCGACCUGGACCAUAUCUGUGUCAUCAACGAGCACGGCAAAGCUCAUUAUGCCGUUUGAGCUGCCGCGUCCGUUGCUAGCGUGUCCGACCAGCCAUCGUCUUUGAUCUGCGGAUGCAGCAUCUGGGACAAAAGUCGCUCGCUGUCCAAUCCUAACAUCGAUGGCGACACUUAUCAGUGCACUGCAGCUGUCUCUCCCUCUGCGGCACAAUGGCGUUGCUGGAGAGCAGGCGACGCUCGAACACUUGUCGAUAGCAUUCUAUUUUUCAGUUCCACACCGUGCCUGUAGUACCUUUAUACAAAAAUGAAGUAUGUGAACAUAGACAUUGCAAUUAAAUGCAACCUUCGAUGCCAGCG